CUCCUUCUCCAAUGGCGAAGAAAAGCAAAAAGAGAGAAGCGAAGAAAAGCGAGAAGACAGAAGACCGACUCAGCGAUUUGCCGGACUCAAUUCUAAUUCACAUUCUCUCUAUGUUGUGUGAAGACACUGAAGAUAGUAAAGAAGUUGUGAGAACUAGUGUAGUAUCUAAGCGAUGGCAGUUUCUUUGGAUGUCCGUUCCAGUAUCACUUGAAAUCGAAAUCCCCGAUGAUUGCUGUUUCGGCCCACCUGGUAAGUGGGAAAGGCAUGUUCUUGAUUACUUAAAUUCCACCAAUAGGGAGCUUCAUUAUUGGAGGUCUUGUCACAAAAUCAGAAAAUUUAGUGUCAAUUGCGAUUCUAGCGACACAGAGAGAUUUGUUAAAGAUGUCCAUUUAUGGGUGUAUUUUGCAAGUAAACUAGCAAAUGUUGAACAUUUUAGACUUAGAUAUGAAGGUGCAUAUGAGUUUCCUCAGUUCGCAUUUAAGAAUACGUCCUGGAGAAAGUUGGAUAUACAGUUAGGUGAAACAUUGAACCCUUCAGCCAAUGUGAACUGGAGUGGUAUGGUUUCUCUUUCAUUAAGGUACAUGUAUUUGACGGAUGGUGUUAUGGAAAAGGUAUUAUCUGGUUGCCCUAACUUGGAGUGUUUGAAAUUGUACCAUUUUGUUGAUGUUCAUCGUCUGGAAAUCAGCAAUGUGAAUUUGAGAAAAUUGAUCAUAGACAACUCAGAAACUGACCAAUGUGACUUAUCGCUUGAAAUAUUAGCCCCGUAUAUUCAAAAUUUGAAAAUUCUGGGGUCGUGCCGUGAAAUAUACUUGAGAAAUGUAGCUUCGCUUGUCAAUGCGGUCCUUAAUUUUGAAUUUGAUUGUUAUAUUGAAGAGGAAGACACAUUGCCGAGGAUGGAGUGUACCUGUUUGAAGGAACUUCUUCACAGCGUUGCCCAUGUUGAGAAGCUUGAAUUAGGUCCCUGGUGCAUCCAGUACCUGUCCAUACUGGAAUUGGAAGGGUGGCAGCCUCCACCAUCAAGCUGGAAAUUCUUACAACUUAGCACAACCUUGAGGCAAUUGGAUUUCCCUGGAAUUUGCAGUUUUCUUCAGAGUUCAUCGGAUCUUGAGACUUUAGUCGUUGAUGGGUACAGAGAAUCAAGAGCCCUGCUGUUAAGGUACACAAAUACGGAUGAACAGAUUAGGAGGUUUGAGACACAUGAUUUCAACUGCUCAUUUCUACAUCUGAAGACUAUCAAGAUCCUUGAGUUUUCUGUAUCUCUGAUGCCAUUGGUGAAAUACUUGCUCAAGCAUGCAGUAGUUCUUGAAAAGUUCAUCAUUGCUGCCAAAUACAAAAAGAGUGAUUUGUAUUAUGUCAAAAGGGCACAGGAGCUCCUGAGCAUUCCAAGAUCCUCUCCGCAAGCUUCAGUUAUCUUUUCUUAUAGAUAAUAACCUUGGGCCCCUAUUGUUUUAUUAAUCACAACAUACUUAACAGUUAUUACUUAAUGUUUGAAAUUGGUUUGAGCCGAUCGACAAGGCUUGGAUUGCACUUGUCAGUAUUGAAGGAGUUAUUAGUGCUUUUUUCAUGUCUAAGUAACCAAGUGUUCAUUCUCUGACCAUCAUGUAAGCAACAGUACAAGAGGAGGAGAUAUAUGAGCUUCGUUUCCAUUCAGAUGUAACAGAUAACUUCUUGAGCAAUUUAAUUUUCGAAGCACAUAAGUAGUUCUAUUGAGCCAAGUUGUUAUCCAGUUGGCUGCCCAAGAAGUUUGGUAUAGAGUCAUUUCUUCCAGGCAUGAAGAGUGUGUUGAAGGUGUGCACAAUAGCUUUUAGAUUGUAAUGUGAAACUAGAGUAUAUUAUAAGCUCUAAAUUGAUACUACUAGGUUUUAUUAUUUUUGCAAGCUCAUGUGUUUUGCAAAUUGUACAGACAAGGUUGAUUUUGUAUUACUAAAAAAAAUGUAACGAUAGACGCUCUUGUCCG